AGGCCAGUUUCAUAUUUAAUGCCCAUGCUCUGCACUGUCCUUCCGCUCUCUCUACCAAACUCGUUUCUCCAAGUUAUAUACUUUUUGCUGCAGGAUGAAGCUAACUGGUGUCUACUUACUUUCGUUUGCAGCGUUCGGCAGUGUCCUGGCUAAGCGUGUUCAUUUGGACUGGAACAUCGAGUACGUCCAGAUCAACCCCGACGGCGAGAACUCGCGGCGUGGAAUCGGUAUUAAUGGGAAAUGGCCACCACCUGAGGUGCAUGUCAACUUGGGCGAUACGCUAGUGAUUCAUGCAACCAACAGGCUACAGGAGGUGACUUCGCUGCACACACACGGCUUCUUCCAGAACGGUACAAACUAUUACGAUGGUGCUAUUGGUGCAACCGAGUGUGGAAUCCCGCCUGGCAGCAAUUUCACAUACGAGAUCAACGUGGUGCAGACGGGAACGUACUGGAUCCACAGCCACAACAAGGCGCAGUGGCUGGAUGGUCUGCGCACACCCCUCAUUAGCCAUCCGCCAAAGGAGGUAUACAAGUACGAUGAGGACAUGGUUGUGAUGCUUGAGGCCUUCUACCACCGCGAAGCAGCCGAAAUCGAGGACCAGCUCCUGAGCACCAGUGAGGCCACACGCGUAUCACCAUUCCACCCAUACAUGCUUGUGAAUAGUGCAGGUGGAAGCGAUCUCCAGAAGACAAAGCUCAAGUUCACACCAGGCAAGACAUACAGGCUACGCCUGAUGAACGUAUCGGGGACUGGUAUGGUUCGCUUCGGAAUCGAGGACCAUGAUAUGCGAGUUAUCGAGGUCGAUGGUACCGAUGUCGAGGAGAAGGUCACCAGUAGCAUGCAGUUGUCUGUGGGGCAGCGUGCCUCAGUGCUAGUUACCGCGAAGAGCAGAGCUGACACUAACUACAUCUACCAUGCUGACAUUUUCACGGACAUCCAGGCAGGUGUGGCACGCGCGACUCUUCCGUUCGAGGGGCUUGUCGAAUACUCGCCAACGGCCCACUUGAAAAAUGCUUCUGUGAGCACCGUCAGUUGGGACUUUUUCCAGGAUAUUGAUCUAGUUCCAAUUGACAAGGUAGAUCCGCCGGGCGUGCAAAAGUGGGUGCCACUGGAAGUACGCACAUCCAUUUACGACGAUCAGCGAGAGCACCUCGCAUAUAACAACCGCACCUUUGUACGACCCAAGGUCCCCUCGCUAGUGACAGCGCUUACCACUGGAUACCAGGCAUACUACCCUGACGUGUACGGGUUCAAGACCUAUCCAGUGAUAUUGGACACCCACGAGGAUGUCGAGAUUGCGAUCUUCAACUACGAUGUCAACUCGCACCCGUUCCAUCUGCACGGACAUCAAUUUUUCAUCGUUAUCCGUGGUGCUACGAACAAGGACCCAACUAAGAGACUGCUUGCUGGCAAGUACCCUAUGCGCCGUGAUACCAUCACUGUUCCCCCACUGUCGUACGCGGUGGUCAGGUUCCGUGCUGAUAACCCAGGGGUUUGGCUUUUCCACUGCCAUAUGGCAUACCAUGACGUGCAGGGCCUUAGCUUGACAUUUAUUGAGGCGCCGUAUAUGAUCGCCAAUAGCACGAAGCUGCCGCCGCAAUUGACCAACAACUGCAAGCUGCAAGACAUACCAGUUUCAGGAAACGCGCUGGGCAAGAUCGGACUCGACCUGGCUGACGACCCGCGCGGGCCGUUCCCACUGACAGGGUUCUGAGUCUUUGUUCCAAGAAAUUGGAGUUUGGAGUGAGAAAAAUAUAUAUUUCAAACCAGAACAUGCUAGCGAGAGCCGAACAGCUUCAUUGCUGCCUGUGCAGCCGUAGCCAGAGUCUCCUUUUCGUUGGCGUUGCCUCCCUCCUCAGAGUGCUGGUUGAAAAGCUUCUUGGCCUCGGACAUAGCCAUACCAAUAAGCUGGUUCUGGUCGCCGCCAC